UUAGUGCAUGUGUAACAGUACCUUAAGUCUUUGAAGUCGGUUCCAUUUUCAUUUUAAAUAGAUUAUUUUAAGAAAUGUUGGCAACCCUAUCUCAGACAGUGUUUACAUCCGCACAGUUGACGUCAUGUCCAGUAAUAUCACAGACUCCUGACGUCAUGACGUCACGCGUGCGUCAGGCGACACUACACAUGUUGUCGCGAAGAUCAAAGAUUUACUGUGAUACGCAGGGGGAGGCAACUUUGUAUGGAGUCACUGCAGACUUUUCAUGGAAACAUUUAAAAUGAGACAAAGAGAUUCUUUGUCUCAUUCUUACUGUGACUACAGGCUUCAAAGGGCUAGAACCCAGAGCCGUAAAUCCAGUUUUAAAAAAGUUUUUUUGUACUUUAUACUUUAUCACUGUACGUGGUAUUUUUUUUUUACUGGUCACUGGUUUAAAAAUAAGAAAGUUUUCUUCCCGAAGUUUUCAUAUUUUUAGUGGUUUUUCAUGUGAUUUAGUGAUAAAGUGUUUCUAUUUUUCUCUCCCUGUUAGCUUGAGGAUACUCGCAGCAGUGUGAUUGAGACUAAUAGCAAAUUGAAGACAGUGACUUUUGUUAUUUUGAGUUUGUGACUCUUUUCUAGUUUGUUAGAUAUUUUAACAUGUCUGACAAAUAUAGAAAGUGUGUUAAGUGCGGUGCAUCAGCUUUUAAGGACCCAACGCUUACUUUCCAUUCUUUUCCAAGAGCCGGAAAGGCAUCUAGUUGUUCAAGGCUUCGAAUUUGGGCAGAAUAUUGUUUUGCAAAUGUAACUGAGAAAGAGUUGAAAGGCUUGCACGGAAGCCACAAGUUAUUGUGUAGUAAGCAUUUUCAUCGCAGUGCAUAUACAGAUGAUACAAUGAAAAAGUUAAACCGUAAUGCUGUACCAAAUGUGUCAAGUUCACCAGUCGAAACAUCCCAGCAACAUUUCGUUUCAGAGGAAUUGUCAGUGCCUCUACAACCCACUAUACCAAAUGUACCCAUCUUGUCUCAGCCACCAGAUACACCACAUAAAUAUUUAAGUCAAGUGAAUCCUUCUGUGCCUUCACAGUUAUCUGUACUGGAUGAGCCUAUAUUGGUUCUGCCAGAUCCAUCACCGCAAACUAUAAUUCUAAAGAGCCCUUCUGUGUCAAAAUCUAUACACCCAGAAAACCAACUUGGCAAGCAACAACUUAAAAAAUGCAAAAAAUAUCUGAAUAAAAUAUAUAGGCUGAAAAUGGCCUUGAAAAAAAAGAAAAAUGUUAAAGGAAAUAGAAAAUGCUUUUUAGAAGCUCUGACAAAAACUGAAUACUUAGAAAAAUUUAAUCAAUACUUAAAUCCAGCUUUUGGUGUGCUUCUACAGAGUCAAAUGACAAAUUCACGUAGGAAACUACAGGGCCGACGUUGGACUUUAAAUGAAAAAAUUUUAGCAUUAGCUAUUUAUAAAAAAUCUAGUGCCUGUUACAAAUUGCUGCGAAGAAUGAUGUGCUUGCCAAACCCAGGUACAUUAAAAUGCCUUUUAAACAGAGUAUAUUUACCAUGUGGAGUGAAUAAAAAAGUUAUGGCAAGUUUAAAAGAAAUUUCACAAGGUGAAGAAAAAAAAGAUAACUUAUGGGUUUUAUUAUUUGAUGAGAUGUCAAUACGAAAAAAUUUGAUUUAUAACCCAAAAACGGAUGCCAUUGAGGGGUACCAAGACCAUGGCUCUCAAGGUAGAAACCAGCAAAUGGCUUCACAUGCCUUAGUUUUCAUGUUAGUGGGACUGAGAAAAAGGUGGAAGCAACCCAUAGCCCACUUCUUCUCAGGAGACUCAGUGACGGCAGAUAGACUUCAAGCCAUUAUUAAAGAGGUAUUGGCUGAGUGUUUCUCACAUAACUUGGUUGUGGUUGCAACUGUUUGUGACAUGGAUGGAGUAAAUAUGAGGGCGUUAAAUGCGUUAGGAUCCACAGUUGAUAGACCUUUUUUCAUAUAUAAUGAAAAUGAAAUUGUAACCAUAAUGGAUCCUCCGCACCUAUUAAAAUGUUUUAGAAAUAAUUUUCUUAAACACAACAUAAAGUGUCCAGAUAAUUUUGCAACCAAUGCAGUAUCAGGUACUGAUAUUUUUUUAGAAUUAAUAAUUGACUUUAUACUGGAAAAGAUUGAAGUAUUUGCAAGUCUGGCUAAUUUAUUUCUUUAUUUACACUUUACAGGAAUAGCAAAAUGGGAGCACAUUAAAGAGUUUUUUAAAAAUGACAAUAAUAAUCCGAAUUUUGUUUUUGCACCUGCACUCACAGACCAACAUAUACAUCCAAAUGGGAAACAAAAAAUGAAAGUAAAAUUAGCAGCGCAAGUGUUAAGCCACUCAGUUGCAGCUGGGAUUUUUGCAAAAGUAGCCAGAAAUGAAAUUUCACCUGAAGCAGUUGUUACAGCCACCUUAAUUAGUAAAAUGGACAACAUAUUUGACUCACUGAAUGCAGAUACUCCAGAUUUAAAAAGAGGAAAACGAUAUUUUACAAAUAUAACGAAAAAAACAAUAUGCAUCAAAAGAUUCUGCACAUUAAAAAAUAGAAUGUUUUCUGCAGAAGCAUCCAAAAAUGCGCUGCAUCGGAAAAUUAAAAUUCUUAAACAUGACUGA